AUUAAUCAUUAGCUUUUAAUAUUACUCUUUGUUGCAUUACUAAUAUAACCUAGGAAUAACCAGCGGGUAUAGGGUCAGGUGCUGAAGGGACAUUGUGAGAAGUGACCUAGAAGGCAAGAGGUGAGCCUUCGGUCACGCCCGCGUAAGGGCCGCUUGAGGGCUCCUUGGUCAAGCGGUAACGCCAGUGUCUGGGAAGGCACCUGUUACUUAGCAGACCGUGAAAAGGAGUCUCCUUUCCUUGGAGAAGUCAGGGAACACUCUGCUCCACCAGCUUCUUGUGGAAGGCUGGAUAUUAUCCAGGCCUGCCUGCAGUCCUGGGGCCUAAAUCCCUCCCUGAGGUGCUGUGCUUCAAUGGUCACGUUCCUUGUCCACUUUCAUGCUCCUCCCAUACUCCUGGUUCCUCUUUGAAGCUCGUAGUAGAUAGCGGUAGAAGAAACAGUGAAAGUCUUAAAGUCUUUGAUCUUUCUUAUAAGUGCAGAGAAGAAAAUGCUGACGUAUGCUGCCUUCUCUCUCUCUGCUUCAGCUACCUAAAAGAGAAGGCCCCCGCCAUCCUGUAAUCACGUGACUUGCUUCAUCUUGUCAAUCACUUAGAAGAUUCACCCUCCUUACCCCGCCCCCUUGUCUUGUAUGCAAUAAAUAUCAGCGAGCCCAGCCGUUCGGGGCCACUACCGGUCUCCGCAUCUUUACGGUAGCGAUCCGCCGGGCCUAGCUGUUUUCUCUUUAUCUCUUUGUCUUGUGUCUUUAUUUAUUACAAUCUCUCGUCUCUGAACACGGGGAGAACACCCGCUUGGCCCCGUAAGGCUGGACCCUACAGUUGGACAUAUAUCAUAGUAUCAUGUCAAUGCGGAUCACGAGGUCAGAAGUUAGAGACCAGCCUGGCCAAGGUAGUGAAACCUCGUCUUUACUAAAAAUACAAAAAAAAUUAGCUGGACAUGGUGGCGUGUGCCUGUAGUCCCAGCUACUUGGGAGGCUGAGGCAGGAGAAGCACUUGAACCCGGGAGGUGGAGGUUGCAAGGAGCUGAGAUGGCGCCACUGUACUAUAGCCUGGGUGACAAAGCGAGACUGUGUCUCAAGUGAAAAAAAAAAAAAAAAAGAAAAGAAGGGGCACAGUCUUCUGCAUUCUCAGGUAAACAAGAAUAUAAGUAUCAAACAUUCAUGUAUUAUAUGUAAUACAUAUUAUGUGUGGCCGGGCAUGGUGGCUCACGCCUGUAAUCCUAGCACUUUGGGGGCCGAGGUGGGCGGAUCACGAGGUCAGGAGAUCAAGACCAUCCUGGCUAACGCAGUGAAACCCCGUCUCUACUAAAAAUACAAAAAGUUAGCUGGGCGUGGUGGCGAGCGCCUGUAGUCCCAGCUACUCAGGAGGCUGAGGCAGGAGAAUGGCGUGAACCCGGGAGGCGGAGCUUGCAGUGAGCCGAGAUCGCGCCACUGCACGCCAGCCUGGGCGACAGAGCAAGACUCCGUCUCAAAAACAACAACAACAACAAAUUAGCCAGGCAUGGUGGCGGGCGCCUAUAGUCCCAGCUACUCGGGAGGCUGAGGCAGGAGAAUCGCUUGAACCCGGGAGUAGGAGGUUGCAGUGAGCCAAGAUCGUGCCACUGCACUCCAGCCUGGGCGACAGAGAGACUCCGUUUCAAAAAAAAAAAAAAAAGCAAAAACAAAAACAAAAACAAAAAAACAUAUAAGUAUGUAUUAAAAAAUAGCAAUAAGAAAAAAAAAAGACAGUAAGCUCCAUGAAGAUAUAAGGUCUGUGAUCUACUAUGGCAUCUCCAGUGACAGACAGCAUCCAGCAACUUACUUGGUACUAAAAUGUAUUAAAGGAAUGAAUGAAAUACUACUUUGCAAUCUUGUCUGCCUUCUCUAACCAACAGAGGUGCAAAAAUAUCACAUUCUAAUUAUGUAUCAGGUAUUUAUAUGUCUGCGAAGGAAGACCUGUCUCGUUAAUUUUUUAUCCCCAACAGCCUAGAAAAUGUUGAAAGAAAAAAGAUGGGGGAAAAAGCCCUUUUCUGUAACAAGUUAGAAUAGGACCCACAUACAUUUUGUUACUAACAAAACGUCCAGCUUGUCUUUCUUCUUUGAAAACUGCAUGGCCUUAAGAGGAGUCCAUUCUAAUUAGGAAAAAAGUCACCUUUUCAGAAGCAGGCGCUUCCCACUCCAUGCAAAGUGAAGCCAAGUUAGCAAAACCGCAAAGACUUGGCUAAUUCAAAUACAAGCUAAUUUAUUAUUAUUGGCGCAAAUUAGCCACUUUCUUUUGCUGCGCAGGUCAAUGUCCACAAUCAUACCGACCCCUUCCUGUAGGGCGAAUGUCUCACCAGUAGCUGGUGAGAAGCACAGCUCUUCUCAGCCAAAACCGACCGAGACUGGAAUUUGUGCAGUGCAGUAAUCCAAACCCGUCGAGUAGAUAUGCCUGCUUUAAAAUCUGCAUCUCGUAAGAAAUGCCUUAAUUUUCCAUAUUAGGAGCUGAGAAAACAAGUCCCCUGAGCCCUUCAGGGACAAGUUCUUUUCCAAAUACUACAACCACCUCCAACCACCCAACAAUGCCUCAGGCCGAGGGUGGGCCACACGCGACCCAGCGCUAAAGGGUCACAGCCAAGCUGUCCGCCUCCUGCCUUCCCUUUAAAGAAGCCGCGCACAAGCGAGCUGCCCCGGAGUUCAACUUCCGGCCACAUAGUGAGAGGCUGUUUUCCUACUGGAGCUGAGCCGCGGGGGCGCGCCCCCCGGCCGCGCCCUCCUAGCCACGCCCUCCACGCCCGGCCUUCCGAGAGCGAGCUCGGGCGGAGGUACGGAAAGGGCUGGGCCACGUGGGCGGCUGCUGAGUGGUUCGCCUUCGCCUCUCAGCGCGCAGUCAGGCGGAGGCAAGCUCAGAGCGCACGGAGAGCGCGGCAGCGCGCGCCCGCGCGCGUUCUUAGUACUCUCCCCGGUGACGUGCCUGACCGAGGCCGCGCCAGGGCGCUGUUGCUGCCAAUACAGCUGUCAUGGCGUCCAAGGCGCUGGCUGCGGAGAAGUGGCCGCGGUCUCCAUAGAGCUGGGGGCGGGCGGCCCGGUAUGGAGAGCAGCCCCGAGAGCCUGCAGCCGCUAGAACACGGGGUGGCGGCCGGGCCAGCGUCAGGGACAGGUUCUUCGCAGGAAGGGCUACAGGAGACCAGGCUCGCCGCUGGUGAUGGUCCUGGGGUAUGGGCGGCGGAGAGCAGCGGCGGGAAUGGGCUGGGGGCGGCGGCCGCCAGGAGGAGCCUCCCGGACUCGGCUUCUCCCGCGGGCUCUCCUGAGGUUCCCGGACCCUGCAGCUCCUCCGCGGGUUUGGACUUGAAGGACAGUGGUUUGGAGAGUCCUGCUGCCGCCGAGGCGCCUCUGAGAGGGCAGUACAAGGUGACCGCCUCCCCGGAGACAGCCGUGGCCGGAGUGGGUCAUGAGUUGGGUACCGCCGGAGACGCGGGAGCCCGCCCGGAUCUCGCCGGCACCUGCCAAGCAGAGCUGACCGCCGCCGGCUCCGAAGAGCCCAGCAGCGCCGGCGGCCUCAGCAGCAGUUGCAGCGACCCGAGCCCUCCUGGGGAAUCGCCGAGCCUGGACUCUCUGGAGUCGUUCUCUAACCUGCAUUCUUUUCCCAGUAGCUGCGAGUUCAAUAGUGAGGAGGGAGCGGAGAACAGGGUCCCUGAGGAGGAGGAGGGCGCGGCGGUGUUGCCCGGGGCUGUUCCUCUGUGCAAGGAGGAGGAGGGGGAGGAGACCGCUCAGGUGCUGGCGGCCUCCAAGGAACGCUUCCCGGGACAAUCUGUGUAUCACAUCAAGUGGAUCCAGUGGAAGGAAGAGAACACACCCAUCAUCACCCAGAAUGAGAACGGACCCUGCCCCUUGCUGGCCAUCCUCAAUGUUUUGCUCCUGGCCUGGAAGGUGAAACUUCCACCGAUGAUGGAAAUCAUAACUGCUGAGCAGCUGAUGGAAUAUUUAGGAGAUUACAUGCUUGAUGCAAAGCCAAAAGAAAUUUCAGAAAUUCAACGUUUAAAUUAUGAACAGAAUAUGAGUGAUGCCAUGGCAAUUUUGCACAAACUACAGACAGGCCUGGAUGUAAAUGUAAGAUUCACUGGUGUUCGAGUGUUUGAAUAUACACCAGAAUGCAUAGUAUUUGAUCUUCUUGAUAUUCCUUUGUACCAUGGGUGGUUAGUAGACCCUCAGAUUGAUGACAUUGUAAAAGCUGUUGGUAACUGCAGCUACAACCAACUAGUGGAGAAGAUCAUCUCUUGUAAACAGUCAGACAAUAGUGAGCUGGUUAGUGAAGGCUUUGUAGCUGAGCAGUUUCUAAAUAACACAGCCACUCAACUGACAUACCAUGGAUUAUGUGAACUAACUUCAACGGUUCAGGAAGGAGAACUUUGUGUGUUCUUUCGGAAUAAUCAUUUUAGCACCAUGACCAAAUACAAGGGUCAACUGUAUUUGUUGGUAACGGACCAGGGGUUUCUUACUGAAGAGAAAGUUGUUUGGGAAAGCCUACACAACGUAGAUGGUGAUGGAAAUUUCUGUGACUCAGAAUUUCAUCUUCGACCUCCUUCAGAUCCUGAAACUGUAUACAAAGGACAACAAGAUCAGAUAGAUCAGGAUUAUCUUAUGGCAUUAUCUCUACAACAAGAACAGCAGAGCCAAGAGAUCAAUUGGGAACAAAUCCCGGAAGGAAUCAGUGAUUUGGAACUAGCAAAGAAACUCCAAGAGGAAGAGGACAGACGGGCUUCUCAAUACUAUCAGGAACAGGAACAAGCAGCAGCAGCUGCUGCUGCUGCUUCUACACAGGCUCAGCAGGGCCAGCCAGCACAAGCCUCUCCAUCAAGUGGAAGACAAUCUGGGAAUAGUGAACGUAAACGGAAGGAACCACGAGAAAAAGAUAAAGAAAAAGAAAAGGAAAAAAAUAGCUGUGUUAUUUUGUAACAAGUGUUGGCUUCUGUUGGAACCACCUAUAUGUCUUGAGAAACAAAACCACAGGAGGAAAGGAAGAAAAACCGAUCAAUACCGUCUGUGCCUGAUUUCCCAAUGGAUUUUGUUCGUUUUUUCAGGGGAACGGUUGUUACUUAGUUACAAUCAGACUUUUUCAAGUCACACAGUACACUCUUUAUGAGCUGGAGUUUCAUGUUACAAGUUGGAAAUGCUGUGUGUUGUCAUUCAUGAAAAAUACUGCACUUGUAGCCAGAUUAGCAAAUCACAGCAAAUUUUGUGUCAUAGUGACAUUCAUAACUCAUAUCAGUUAGUAAGCUAUUAUAUCUUCUGUUCUAACAAUGAAUGGAGGUAAUUGAUUUAGUCUGAUUCCUUCCUGAAAUCUAAAUAUUAGCACAAUAGUUUCUGAAAUUUUACAAUGUUAAAUUAUGAUCUAAUUCAUGAGAAACCACGGGUUUAACAUAGGGAUUCAAAAAAACAAAAACAAACAAAAUAAUAGGAAUAAAUAACCCUUAAUUGUAUAUUGGACUAGUUCAGCCCUUAAACAGCUUUACCUUUAUUUAGGAAUGUACAUUUUAGGUAUUAUCUUGAGAAUUGAUCAUGGAGCUUAGAUUUAAUUUAGAUAGCAAAAAUAAAGAUUUGUAUUUCUUUUCCAAUAGCAAAAAGUUACAUAACACUAAUACUUAUAACCUAUCAAUAUCAGAUAUUAAUGACUUUGUAGUGUUGUAAGAUUUUGAGGAAUUUUGGAGUCUUUAUCAUAGGUAACCUGGACCACAGUUACUAUUUAUUGAUAAUGUGAUUGAGUGUAUGGAGGAAAGCACAGUGGAUGCUAGGCUUUGUAAAUAUGGGGAUGUAGAAAAGCAGAUACUUCAGUGUCUACCUUUUUCUAGAACUACCUUGAACCUUAAAUUUUAAGUCAUGUUCAUUGCUAGAAAAUUAAAUGUACUUAUUAAAACCAAUGAAAAAGCACAUUUCUGAAAGGAAGUUAGAGAUAAUCUCUGUGUCUUAUAAAAAGACAUUAAUAAAAAUCUGAAAGGGCCGGGCGCAGUGGCUCACGCCUGUAAUCCCAACACUUUGGGAGGCUAAGGUGGGCGGAUCAUCUGAGGCCAGGAGUUCGAGACCAGCCUGGCCAGCAUGGUGAAACCCUGUCUCUACUAAAAAUACAAAAAAUCAGCCGGGCAUGGUGGUGCGCGCCUGUAGUCCCAGCUACUCAGGAGGCUGAGGCAGGAGAAUUGCUUGAACCCGGCAGGCAGAGGUUGCAGUGAGCCGAGAUCGCCCUGCUGCACUCCAGCCUGGGCGACACAGGGAGACUCCGUCUCAAAAAAAAAAAAGUCUGAGAGUAGCUAAGAAUUUAUGUAAAAGCAAUCAGAGUUUUUAAUUUAUGGGAACCAAAUAAAACUAUACCCUCUUAUAGUGUUUAUAAGAACUCAGAAAUAAUAUUUAUUUAACUUUAUUAUGAGGCCACACAUAUUUUCCUGUGUUUCUAUAUAUAGUUUGGAAAACUAUCCUUAAUAGUCUGUUUUAUAUGCCUUAUAUUUAAAAGUUUGUUUUAGUUAUUUUGAAAGACUAUUGCUGCUGCAAAUAGUUGUGUGCUUUACAUUCUAAGCUUCAGUACAUUUAUUUAAGAGCAUCAUAAUCUGACCUGAGCAUCCACUUGGAGAAUGUUUUUUUUGUGUGUGGUCUGGGGUGACAAAAGACCACAAAAAUGUGUGGUCUGGAUUUUUUCAACUAUGUCAUUAACUUUAUGAUCCAAGACCAGUUAUAGGAUGAAUCUGUAUGUAAAAAUAGAGUCUUAUUUAUGGAAGGAAUUAUUCUAAGGGAAAAAUCCAGGGUCAAGCUGUAUCUUUUAUGUCCUUUAUAUUGCAUGUCUAUUUCUGUUACACAAUUUGUUAUUUCUUCAAAUUUCCUAUGGUAGCAUGAUAAAUCAUCAAAGAACCUGUUUGGGAUAUAAAACUCUGAUAGAAAAUAUUUAAUGAGUAUCUUGAUUAUAACCUAGAAUAUGUAUACGUUAGUAAAAUAACCAGAUAAACUACAGAACUCUCUGUUGGCUCAAACAGGUUGACCUCAAUCCAAGUUUACUCUUGAUAUCACUCUAUUGGCUGAAGGAGGUAACUCAAACCUCAGGGUUUGUUUUUCCCGGGACAGAUAGUAGUGAUAGUGCAUUAUAUUUGAAUAAGAAAAACAAACCAGUAAACCUUGAGAAAUUUUAAAAAGCAUAGUUGAGGCAUAUUUUUUCAUAAUUAUAUACUUAUCUAUUUAUUGCCCAUGGAAAAUAUAUGUGUAGAAGUAUUUCUUCUGUUAUUUGUUACUAUCUUCUUAAUUUGUUCCAAAGAAAAUACUGCCAUACUGCAUUCCCUCUGGAAGGAAACAAAACAAAACAAAACUCACUCAAAACCAGCAGUGCUGCUAUCAGAUAAGUAGAUGUCAAUGUAUACUUACAAGGAAAAACUAAAAAAUGUAAUGUGUUAAUUCAGCCUUUUUCUAUGUAAUAUUUCCAAGUCAGACUUUCUUACAUUCCUGGAAUUUACUUUGAUAUACCAAGAAUAAUAAUGAUAAAAUGUUUGCUUUGAUUACUGUGGGGGGAAAGAUGAAAUGUUCAAUUGUAUUAAAACAAACAAACUUUUCAGAGAUACUGGUUUCCUGUCCUUGAAGGGUAUAAAGAAUUUAGAUCAUGCCUGUAAUCCCAGUACUUUGGGAGGCCGAGGCAGGUGGAUCACCUGAGAUCAGGAGUUCGAGACCAGCCUGGCCAACAUGGCAAAACCCCGUCUCUACUAAAAAUACAAUAAUUAGCCAGGCAUGGUGGCGGGCACCUGUCAUCCCAGCUACUUGGGAGGCUGAGGCAGGAGAAUCGCUUGAACCCAGGAGGCAGUGAUUGCAGUGAGCUGAGAUAGCACCACUGUAUACCAGCCUGGGCAAUAGAGCGAGACUCCGUCUCAAAAAAAAAAAAAAAAAAAAAAAAUUAGAGCUAUUGUGUCUUUAUUUUCUUAAAUUUUGCCCAAGGUUACGUUAUAUAUCCAGCCAUUUCAUUGCUGGUUUGGGUACAUAGGAUUUUGAAAGUGGUAUAUUAAAGUCUUUCCUUCCAAGUAUUUUGUAAUACUUGAAAAUUCUUAGAUGUAUACUGCUAACAAAAGUUAGAACUUAAACAUUUUUGUUUUUAUCAUUUAUAGCCUAGAUUAGGGACAUAUCUGCAUCAACCAAAUCAUCAUUAGAUUUGAAAAUAGGCAGAUGAAUGAACAAAUAUGGUCAUUGCACUUUCCUUUUACUUUCAGAGUCUAAGUAUAUUCCUUAAGGUUAGUAACCAGUCUUUAUUAAAAAUAUAAAAUUUUUCUUCAUGUCUAAUCCCAUUGCAUCCACAAUGCUGUGAUUUAUAGUACAUGAUCAACACUUAAAAUUACUUUACGUAUGUGUGUUUCUGAAGCAAGUUUUCAUGACCUCUGUUAGAUUCUCAAAAGAAUUCAGAACUUCAAUGUAAGAAUCACCAUUUUAAGAAUACAUGUGUACAUAUACACAUUAAGCAGUAUAAAGCAGCUAAAAUUGGCAUUGGUUUUACACUGGUGCAGUGUGCUUAGGUAAAGUAACUUCUUCCAUGUUUCAAGGUCAGGUUCAGAGUUGAAUGAAGUGUAGAUUUAAAUUUAGGAUUAGGCUUUGGAAUAUAUCUUGUUUUUAUUGUCUCACAUUUCUAAUAAUGACUACUUAUCCCAUAUUCUGUUUCAAAUUCUUUAUCAUAUUUCAAGUUAUUUCUCAUACUUCUUGAUCUUGGCUUAACUAAGCAAGUUAGUAUCAGAGACUAGUUGACUGAACCCAAGAUUAAACAUUUUGCACUUGCACAAAACCUUCUUAGCAUUUUGCUUUCAAUGAAUCAGAAAGUCAAUUCACUAAGAGACAGAUCAUGAGAGGAAAGAGAACUAGAGGCCAAUAAAUAAAAUAAUUGUUCAUAUAUUAAUGUUCACAUGUGAACUACAUAUCUAAAAUCUUGGAGAAAAAUCAAGGCAAGAAUUUCCAGAACUGUCCUCAAAUAGCUCAUUUAUUUUUGUUAAAAAGCAAAAGCGAAUUGAUUACAUUUGAUUAACUUUUCCUAUUCCAUGCACAAGUUACCUUAAAACAUGAUAAAAACCUUAUGGGCAUUACCUAUCACACAGUACUUAUGCAUAAACUUAUAAUAGUAAAAUUACUAAUGUUUGAUAAAAUAAGAUGGAGGCAUUACAAAUAGUCUACAAUUUGUAUUUUAAGGAAUUGGACAUGAAGAAUUCUAGAUAGUUUUGUGUCUAUAAACCCGACUUUCUGUCUUGCCUUGGGCAAACUUUCUGUGCCUCAAUGUACUCUUUAAAUAUGUGAAGGAUGCUCUUUUUGAUUAAGUGUUUUGCACUCCUGAAUAAAGGGCAUAGUAUAAGCACAAAGUAUGACUUAAAUUAUCACAAAUAUUAACACAUCCUAUGUUCUUGAAUGUGCACACUUUUUUCUCAGUAACAAAAUAUAUCUUAAGUCAGUUUUUUUAAUGCUGUCAAAAUUUAUAGAAUUUUCUUUGAGUAUGGCAUGAUCUCUUCCCAAAUGCAUUUUACAGUUUUUUUUGUGUUCUAUAGACUAUAGAGUCAAAAUCAAGAGUAUUUUGAGAGGAUCAGAAGCAUUUAAAAAUCUAUUUUUUUCUAGUAUCUUUCACAGAUCUAAAUAUUUAGAUUCUCUUUGCCUUUUUCUCCAUGGAAUACAGUGGUAUCACAUUACUAAUACAGUAUAUAAACUUCGUUUGCAUUGGUGGAAUUCAUUUAGAUCGCUCAAGUAAUAUUAUUUUAGGGCUAUAUAAAUUGUGUUUUUAGUGUAAAAUGUUAUUUGAUAAUGUGAAGUUAAAUCCCUUUUAGAAAGUGACUGAAAAUGGUAAAGGAACUCAUCAGAAUCUUAGCGUUCUUAAGUUCUCUGAUAAUUUAGCAUAUUUUAUUAAUGAUGUCCAACACCUCUAAGAUUGUUGAGAAAACAUGAAGAAUUGAGGUUACUCUUCUCAGGUGACACUUUAAAUAUUAAAAUCAGAGGCUUCCUGAACAAAACAAAUUGCAAAAUAGAGAUAAUGGCAUGGGAGAGGCCAGAUGCAGGACUCUGGUAAAUUUAACUUAUUUUGAAUAUCUAUCUAAAUUUUAGUUCAUGCAUGUUCUUACUUAAUCCUGGUGUUUUUGCUCUUAGAUGUUAGAGUUUAAUAAAUUGUGAUACGCAUAUAUUUUUUUACAUGAAGGAUUCUAGUUUCUAAUUUUACUUUUCUGAUCUCAAGAAAAUUAAACUUGAAAAACAGGGUAAAAUUCUUCAACUAUUGCCUCAAGUUCAGUUUUGUCCUAUUGUCCUGAGAAAGGAGAUUUAGACUUGUCUGCCUAACACAGGUAUUUUUUAGGGCAUCGUACUAUCCCAGAGAAAGUGUUGAGAUACCAUGGCAGAAAUAUAAAACCUAAGCUUUGAACCCCAGUAGACUUCUUCUUCUGCCAUUAAGUCUCUCUUUAUCUGAUAUUCUAAGGAUUUCUUCAAACUACUUAAUAAUUUGUCACCAUUAACUUUAAUAUCCAGUUUUAAUCUGCACUGUAAUAUCCUGCUUUGAGAAGAAAGAAUGCCUCAUAAAUUAGAGAAGUACAAAACAAAAUGUUUUGGAAGGUGAUCCUGGCUCCUUUGGCUCUCAUAAUUGUUUUAUAGCUGAAAAUAAAAAGUCAAGAGACUGGCCCGGUGCGGUGGCUCAUGCCUGUAAUCCCAGCACUUUGGGAGGCUGAGGUGGGUGGAUCACCUGAAGUCAGGAGUUCGAGACCAGCCUGGCCAACAUGGUGAAACCCUGUCUCUACUAAAAAUACAAAAAAAAUUAGCUGGGUGUGGUGGCACAUGCCUGUAAUCCCAGCCACUGGGGAGGUUGAGGCGCAAGAAUCGCUUGAACCCGGAAGGCAGAGGUUGCAGUGAGCCAAGAUUGCCCCACUGCACUCCAUCCUGGGCUACUGAGCGAGACUCUUAUAUCUCAAAAAAAAAAAAAAAGUCAAGAAACUGAAAUUCCCAUUUAAGUUCUCAAAUCAGUGAUCUGUCAAAAUAGGCCUUGUAACUGAAAUACCUUACAAAGCAGUUCUAACUAAUGCAAUGUGUUUUUUAAAAAUUUUUAAUGAACCUUACAUUGUGAACAUAAUUGCAACAUGUUUUAAGACUAACAGUAUUUAAUCCUUGAAGACCUGUCUUGUAUGUCUCUCAAUUUUGUCAGAAUUUUUAUUAUUGUUUUUCACAUAUGUGAAAUAAGCAGUUUUUUCAGGGUACAUAGGGUAUCUUUGUUUUACAGAUUUUUAAAGAUGAGGUUUUGAAAAGCCCUCAGAGGUUUUUGUUAAAAGACUAUCUUGCUUAAUAAAUGACAACUUGUUACAGAUUCACACAUUACAAGUAGGACAAUAUAACAGGAGAUUGGUGUGUGAAUGCUACAAAACAGUCAGCAAAAGGAAUCAUGUUUGCUUGUGAAACUUCAGAGGUACCCUGAAAGUCAUUUCCUAAAGCUAGUGCAUGUGAAUCUUUUCCUUGAAUUGUGCAGAAUAAUUGGAUUGAGGCACAUAUUUUGAGGAGUAGCAAGUGGAAUGGUAUAAUGACUACAGAGAAAAUUAUCUUGAAAUAUAGCAAGGAAGAGAAACAAGUUUUCUUUCUCCACUUUAUUGUUGGACUAAUUGGGUCAAUUUGCUGUGACAUAUCAAAGAUCUCUUUGUGCCAGGCCAAGACUGGCUACUGAGUCCUCAAAGCGUUUUAAUAUAUAGAUUACGUAUGAGUGCCUAUUUUUUCCUCCUCCUUUCAUUUUUUAUCUUAAUACCCUUUUUACUUCUGAAAUAAUUCAUCUGUUUUGCUUUAUGACCAGCUUUAAUUUCAAUUGAGGAAUAAUAGCAACCCUAGAGAUUCAUAGGAAAGAGCAUUGAAAUACAUUUUUUGCAUAAAGAUACCUAAAACCAUCUACCCAGCUUAGGGUUGAACUGAAUUUCUGUGAAAUAAAUUUGUUUUAAAUACUAAUUAUUUUAAAACUACUUAAUUCUUAAAAACAAUGUCAUCAGUUUCAAAAGUUUCACUUUGGGAGGAUAUUCCUUAAAAGGCAUACAUAGAUGGUAAAGUAUAAAAUAUUUCUGACAGAAUUAUUCAGUAUUAUUCAACAUUUACUUUCAUGUUUGUUAUUGUACCACAAAGAUAGUGUCAUUGUUGGGUUAAAAUGUUGGCUGUUUUUGUUAAUAUACUUAAAACUGUAACCAGUGAAUAACACCUGUAGUAUUUUUUAUUAUAGAUUAUAUUUUAUUUCAAUAAACUUUGAUAUUUAGACCAAA